AUGACCCAGCUCACACUCCGCCCCGCGAAUACCAAUCAAGACCCCUCAACCUGCUCCCAACCUGCCAACGAAGACGCCGUCAUGCGCGAACUCGACCCCCGAGACGAACACCGCGCGCAGCGCCUCGUAGCCAAGAACCGACGAAAGCGCUACCUCGAGCUGCACCCAGAGUACUUCGAAGACAGCUCCCUGGAGCUAGCCGACCCGCUCCUCUACGACCGCCUCAUCCGGCGCUUCCAGACGGCCGCCGAGCGCGAGGCCGAGGCGCAACGGAAAGGUUUCUCCGGGGUCCUGGCUACCGAUCUCUGGCGCGCCGAAGCUAAGAAAGACGCGCUCGCGCAUCCGAACCCGAAUUCAUUGUUUUCGUACUCGCGAGGGCCGCGGGGGGAGAUCGUGGAGGAGGACAAGGACGAGAGGCCGUUGACGAAGGAGGAAGGGAAGGCGUGGUGGGUGGAUGAGAUGACGCAACGGUUUCUCAGUGGUGAGGAUACGGAUUUCGACUACAAAGUUGUGGAUGGCAGCGAGAAGUAUGAUGAUCCCGAGGAGGAGCGCGAUAUCCAGGAGGCUUGGUUUGAGAGCAUGGAGUCGGAUUUCGAUACCGAUGGUGAGGGGAAAGAGAAGGUGCUUACGGGGCAGACGGGCAUACAAGACUACUGA